CCUCCAAAUUAGAAACGUCACUGCGUCCUGCGUGUCUCUCCUAUGUAAACAACGUGAUUUCCUUUGCUCUUUUAAAAGUGUUUUGGUUCUUUAAUUAGCUUAAUUCGUUUGUAAAAAUGGCUGCAAUAUUACGUGUAAAGCGCAGAAAUGAUACCGAGCCUUUAGACGCACUUGUUAUUAAUUGUAAAAAGCGUAAAACCGAACCUGAGAAUGCCGAAGGAGGAACAACAUCCGCUCCUCUUACUGCGGUUAUCAAGUUCGCGGGAACUGUAAAGGAUCGGGACGAGGACGUAAUCGAGCACAUUACGAGUAAAUUGAGCAAGGAGGAUUUGAAAAAUCAUUACAAACAGCAUAUCGUCGAUGUUACGGGCAAAGCGCGGAAGGCAACUAAGCAAGCAUCAACAGAAAAUCGUUUUAAAGUUCUUAACCACUUUCGAUCUCUAGACAAUUGGAAAGAGGAUGAUCCUGAAAUAGAUGAUAUUACUGUGAUCGACAUUGAGGACACAGCAUCUUGUGCAACAAAAGAAUCUGACAAGAAGGAAAACUACGUAUAUGAUUUAUAUUACACUAGCAAAGAUGAAGAUUUCGAAUUUGAAACGGACAUGGCAAUUAAAAGUUUGAAUGAAGCACUUGUUUUCGAUCCGUAUAGAGAGAAAGGUGCAAUGGAUUCUGAUAAUUUAUAUGAAUCUGAAGACUCAAAUUCAGAAUCCAACGUGAGAAAUGAUUAUCCGGAUUCCGAGCAUUCCGAAGAUUCAAUUCUCGAGGAGGACAUGCGAGAAGCAGUGGAAAAAGUAAAAAUUCAUGGCGAGGAAUCGGAUUUGUCCAGUGAAGACGAGGAUUUUGCGUAUGGUGUGGACGAACAUGACGUCGACUAUUUUGGAUCCGAAUACGCGAAAUAUAAAGCUAAGUUGAAAAAAGAAUGGGGAAAUCAUGAUUCGACUUCCAGCAGCCACUCUUCGAGCGAAUCUGACGGAAUUGGCGAUUUGGAUAAUUAACAAAUUUAUUCAUUUAGUUUUAAGGGAGGUGUAUAUAUUUUUUUAAUGUUAGUCUGCGAAAAUAUCGUUUCAUUACUUAUUUUUUGCUUGUAAACAGAUUACAGAAAGUACUAAGUGCUAAUAAUAUUA